AUGGCAGAGGAGACAUUGCGUCUACAUCCUCACUGUGUAUACGUGAAACAAAAGACCUUAGCACGUAGAGAGACGCUGUCGCCGCCGCUGACGCGCCCGCUUGGCGAGUAUCCCCUGUGGUGGUUGGUUGUUGUGGUCGCAGAAUCACGCGCCAGUGCUUCCUGUCCCUCAGGCAGCGCCGACGCCAUCCUGGCCCUGGUCAACGCGGGCGCCAACGUCGAAGCCGAGGACAAGGACGGCCUCACAGCGCUGCACUGUGCGGCGUCGCGCGGCCACACCGACUGCCUGGAGACGCUGCUGACGCUGUGCGGCGCGCAGGUCGACGUGAUGGACAGCCACGGCUGCACGGCGCUCUUCUACGCCGCCACGCUGGGCCACGCCGACGCCACGCGCCUGCUGCUCGGCCACGGCGCCGACCCCAACCGACAGGACCGCAAGGGCCGCACGCCGGCGCACUGCGGCGCGGCCAAGGGCCAGCUGGAGACGCUGCGGCUGCUGGCGGCGCACGGCGCCUCGCUGUGGCUGCGCAACGUGCGCGGGGACCUGCCGCUGCACGACGCCGUCGCCUCGGGCCGGACAGAGCUGGUGCGCUGGCUGCUGGGCCGCCGCCCCGACGCCGCCGACGUGGUGAUGGACCACGGGGCGCUGCUGAACCCGGUGAUGCGCAGCGGGCGCGGCGCCAUGCUGACGCCUCUGGACGCGGCGCUGCACCGCGGCAACCGGGGUGUCGCCAAGUACCUGCAGCUGCACGGCGGCGUGCCGGCCGCCAGGCUCACCGACAAGGCAGCCAGGCUGCGCGGCGCCACGCAGCAGCACAGGGGCGUGCCAGCCGCCAGGCUCACCGACAAGGCAGCCAGGCUGCGCGGCGCCACGCAGCAGCACAGGGGCGUGCCAGCCGCCAGGCUCACCGACAAGGCAGCCAGGCUGCGCGGCGCCACGCAGCAGCACAGGGCGGCGCUGUCGGAGACGCCGGCGUCGGAGGUUCGGUUCUCGGGGACCCCGGAGUGCCUGGUGCAGCCGCGGCUGGGCGCUUCUCUGGCCGCCAGCCCCCUGGCGACGCUGCACCCGGACCUGCCGCGGGCCGACAGCCGCGCCCUGCAGGUGCGGCUGAGCGACGACGUGGCGGUGCGGCACGUGGAGCGGCUGGUGCCGGUGUGCGCACACGACCACGACCACGACCACGACCACCACUGCCGCUGCCGCGGGCACUCGCGGCGCGCCUCCAGCAGCGACGACGAGCAGCGGUCGCGCCGCCGCCGCCACCACCACCGCCACCCCCACCAGCACCAGCGGAGGCGGCGGCGCCCCCACUCCCCGAAGACGAGCUGCUUCCUCAGCGUGCUGCGUGUUUUGGAGUACUUGCCAAUGAAAGUAUCAGACACUCGAAACUGGAAAGACAUUUAUCAAAAAUACGUGCAGAAUGCACCCCACCGCUCGUGUCCAGGACGGAGGCGGCAGAAGCGGCGGGCGAGCGGCGACCACCAGGGCAGGAGGAGGCAGCAGGGCCGGUCUUCCAGCGCCAGCGGCGGCGCCAGCAGCGGGGGCGGCGACGAGGAGCGCGACCGGCGGCGGCGCCAGCGGCAGGGGCAGGCGCGCGGCCCCCGGGGGCGGCGGUCCGCCUCCGCCUCCGCGUCCGCCUCGCCCUCUGCCUCGGACUCCAGUGACAGUGCGCGGCGCGGCGGGCGGCGACGGCGGCGGCACGGCGAGCAACGCAAGCGCGCGGGCUCCGCCUCCGAGGAGGCCGACCAGGGCGAGGAGGAGGCCGAGGAGGAAGAGGGGGAAGUGGGGCGGAAGGGGGAAGGGCGGGGGGCGGCGAAGGAGCCUCGUGACGGCAGGGUCGGCGGCGGCGGCGUCGUCGACGACGACGACGACGACGACGACGACAAUGACGUCCAGGUGUGCGUAGGCAAGCGAGCGGCGGCGCGGCGUCGCGGCGAGAGGCGCCACGGCACGGCCACUUCCGGGAAGGCGUCGGCCCCCGCCUCCAGGAAGACCGAGGAGGAGAAGAAGAGCAGGACCAAACACAGGGAGCUUGCCGUGGUCAAGGAGGAGGAGGUCAAGAAGAAAACUGCCGUUCAGUCGUCUGUGGAGGCGAGGAGCAGCAAGAAAAAGAACAACAGUGGAACAUCUGCGUCAAACGGUGAAGCUAGCAAGUCUGAAGCCAAGAAGACGAAUGCCAAGGUGAGAAUAGCAGACGAGGAAGCGAAAACCCUGUCUAAAGGAAUCAGUGGGGAUGCAGAGAGAGCAGAGGAUACACAGACAAGUUCUUCCACGACUGUCGCUCGCGAGCUCCUGAAAGCUAUAUCGACCGAGAAAUCCGUGACGAGUAUCGACGAUGAAGUUGCCCCGGAAGAGCCGCCAAAAGAACACCUGGCUCGAGAGCCUUUACGUGACGAGUCCCCCAGUGAGGAUCAGCCCACAGCAGAGGCUCCAGACGAAGGAGGCGGCCUCGGGGAAGAGGCCAGUCGGGACGCGGAGGCUGCCGAGCCCUUCGCAGGUCUUCCGAAGGAAAGGACGGACAGUGUCUACACCACCUCGUUGGAUGAGGGGGCGACGCAGCAAGUGGUGACAGCGAUAGUGCACCACGAGCCCGCAGACGACAGUGAGCGGACGUCCCUCCAGCCGAGCGAACUGGAGGCCGACAACGUACCUGCAGAUCGAGACGAGCAGGCCCCAGCCGAAGACCGGCAGCACCCGAGUGAGGUCACCGAAGAUGGCCAACCUGCUGACGUCGACACUUCUACGAUAGAUAAGAAGCCAUCGAUUGUCAAGCAGGAAAAAAUUGAGGACAGUACUGUUAAAGACGACAGUAAUGCUAUGGAAGAAGGCAUCGAUGGUGGUGAAGAAGUGGACACUGGAGCUGAUAACACGAAAGGGUGCGAAAGUGCGGAUCAGGAUGAACAGUCCACUGGGGAAAAGAACCCUGAAGAGGAACCAGCAGAGAAUGAGUCACUUAAAGGUGAAGCAGACGACGACGGAGGGAAAUCGGACAGUGAGAAUAAUGGAGCGGACGAGAAGCGGCACGAUGUCUCAGAAGCCGGGAGUGGUGUGGUCGGAGAGAGCAGGAAGGACGUGUCGCGGGCGGACGACGAGGUGAGCACUGCAGACGCCGUGGACGAGGAGGGCGUCGUGGCCGACGCCUCAGAGGCGACGGCAGCCUCCAGCAGCCGGAUGGCUCCGUCUGAGGUGGUGGACAGCGAGGAACGCGUCUCCACGACUGAGCAGGACCCGGCCAGCAGAAGGCGCCGCCAGUCCACCAUGUCAGGGGCUGCAGAGAUCCCCAGCGACGAAGAGGCUCCAGCCAGGCGAGAGUCGGCUACCAGGACGUCCUCCACAUCAACUCUCCCUGCCAAGGAGAGCCAGGAGGAAAGCGGCGGGGAGUCGGAAGGAGACGAGGGCCGAGAACAAGAGGAACUGGAGGUCGAGGACGGCGUGCAGAAGUGGGAGGAGGGUGAGGAAGAGGCCGUCGCCGCGGCGGGAGCACGAGCAGCCGGGGUGCCGCGGCCCUGCAGGCAGGACGGCCGGCCGCCCCUCAGCACCGUCUCCGUCACGCAGGCCGUGCAGAACAGCAUGCGCAAGUACCACAUGGAGCGGCGCAUCUUCCAGCAGCUGCUGGAGCUCAAGAGGCUCCAGAUCCGCGCGGGCCGCGCCAACGAGCAUGUGCUCGUCAAGAGGCUCGUCGACGACUACCGCCGCGCCGGCCUCAUCGUCGGCCUCAAGGGCUUCCACGGACCCUUCACCUUCCGCGCCUUCGAGAAGUACCUCUACGACCAGCUGCGCACGCUGCAGUCGGCGGAGCGGCGGUUGGUGCCGAGGCUCAAGAGCAGCGACGACCUGGAGAAGCUGAGCGCCGCGCUGCGCCGCGCCAAGCUCAACAACCUGCUGCCACCGGGCGACCCGGCGCUCUGCACGCACGGCACCCACCGCUGCCACCACGCCGCCCACGCCUACACCGGCGUGCCCUGCGCCGCCUACAUCGCGCCGCGCCUCAACCACCACCAGCUGCCCAAGACGGCGGCGACGCCCUUCCUGCCGCGCAUCCACACGGGGGCGGCGCCUGGGGGCGGCGGCAGGCCGGCGGGAGCGGCCAAGGGGGCGGCGACGGCGGCGGGGCGCGCGGUGACGCUGGAGCUGGGCGCGGGGGGGCGGCACGUGAUCGCGCUGCCGGCGGAGCGCGACCGAGACAAGCGCUACUACGUGUCCUUCACCAUCAAGGGCGGCGGGGGCGGCGCCCCGGGGGCGGUGGCGGCGGCGGCGGGGGCGGCGCCGGACCGGGAGGACGGCCGGCACCGGCACGCCAAGAGUCUCUAG